AUGGCAGACAAGAAGCCUGUUUCCUUCGAUGAUAUUAUCCUCGCCGAUCGCGAGAAGAACCAGAAGAAGAAACAGGAGGAAUUGGCAAAUCAACUACUCGGAAAGAACCGACGCAGAAGCGCACCCGCCUCGGGAUCUGGCUCUGGCUCCGGCACCAACAGAGGACAGAACAGAACACAGAAUGCGAAGCCCGGAAGCUUAGCAAGCCGGAUCGGAGUAGCCAAGCGCUCCACAUCCGCGACCGUGAAUGCCAACAAGAACAAGCCAACCCCCGUCACAAACACCGGCCGCUCACGCGGAAACACAGGGAAGAAUGAUCGCGCCAAGUCAGAAAAGGUCUGGGAUGCCAUCCGGGCAGGAAACAGCCAAGCGAAUGUCCGUCCCGCCAAACAGAGCCGGGGAUCCGGGAACAGCCUGUCCAUUAAGGGCGCUUCAGGGCCAUUUGUUGUGGUAGGAAGGAACUUUGCGCCUGGUACAACCGCUGCCGACAUUCAGUCUGCUCUUGAACCUACAACUGGACCCAUGCUCAGUUGCCGGAUAGUUUCCAGCCAGCCGAGUGUUGUUGCGGAGUUUGCAUUCGCAGAGAAGCAGACUGCUGAGCUGGUGAUCGCGAACUUUGAUAACCAAAGGGCCGAUGGCAGAGUUCUCACUAUGAGCCUCAAAUCCGCUAAUGCUAAGCCCGGCGCCCAAGAUCCCUUCACUGCGCUUCGAGCGCAGGCCGACCAAGAACGACUCCGCGCUCGCGGAGGUGCCGGCCACCAAAAAGAUCUUCUAGCGCCGCAGACUUCGCAAUCCGGUCUUUACAGCGAUGAAAUGAUGGUAGAUACACCGCAGCAGAAUAACAAGGGUAACCAGAACCAGAACCGCCGGAGAGGACGACGUUAA